AUGGGUAAUCGUAUUUCAUGGAAUAAAGGGAAGAAAAUGGUUAUGGAUGCAUUAAAUGAUCAGGCUGAUGAUACUUCGCAGAAAUUAUCUGAUUCUGAUGGAUUAAAGCAUCAAAUUAAUAUGAAACAUUGCGACAAAUAUGUUGCAAAUAAGCAACAGUUAUCAAUCUCUCAGGAAUCAUUUCCGGAAAAGUUAAAAUCGACCAUUUAUUACGAACAACAGGACAAGAUGAUGAUUCAUUGUAGCAAGAAGAUUAUGAAUGAUAGGAAAUGGAAAUCAGAUUCAGAAACUAAUGUGCGACAUUUGAUGCGACCAAAAUGUAGAAAUUCGAAAUAUAUAAGAAAUGACGCAAAGCGUAAUCAAUCACAAACUCGAAUCAGGAAUAUGACCGAAUUAUUGGGAGAUUUUUUGCGAAUAGAUAGAAAUAAUUGCAAGCAGUAUGCAAAAAAGUUCAAAGGUAACGAGGGACGUGAAAUUAUUCAAGCCUGUUUUGGUAAUCAUCAUAACAAAAUUGGUUAUCGUAUAUGUAUGCGAGUUUUUGAGAAACGUCCUGAUUAUCAAAGUUUUGUAUUUGCUCUGGGUAAAGAAAGAUGGUUAAAUGCUUCUGCUGAGCUUCGUGAUUACCUGAAUAAUGUUGUAAGCAAGGUUCACGAUGUAGCAGCAGUGAAAGAAAUGUCACGACACUACGGUGAACGACAUGUACCGUUGAAAAAAUAUGGUUUCAAACCUGAUUUUUGGGUUAGCAUAGCUGAUGCAAUGGCAAUUGAAUGCAUCAUACUAGACAUGGCUAAUCAUCAACCAACCGAAACAGUUAUGGCAUGGUCACAGUUAACAUCGUUAAUGUUUACUUCAAUUCGUGACGGUUACUAUGCAGCAUUACGAUUUCAACGACAAACACUCAAAAGUUGUAAGAGCUCAGAAUGGCAUCUAUCCGUUGAUUCCAUUAAAAAUUCGAACAAAUCUACUUCAUCUAUCGUUGAAAAAUCUGUUAGCUGA